UAGUGACAACUCUAGUCGGCUCAUCGCGACGACGCCGCGUAAAAUAUUUUUGUUUCCCCCGCAUUCGUCGAAAAACUGCGGAAAGCGUUUGCUUUUAUGUGUGGUGCGCGCCCCAGGCAAAUGCAACCAAGUCCGCGACUGCAAUUGCUGACCGCCUAACGCCGCCGAGGACAUAAAAUAACAGUAAUGCGAAAGACCCGCUCGCAGACGGCUCGCACGCAGGCGGAAAAUGCCGCAACAUCCUCGAGCCCCGGGCACCAGUCAACAUCGUCAGCGCCAAUAGCAGUGAAUCCCUUUGAUGCGGGCAAGUACAAGGAAUGUGAGCAAAUGGUGCAGAUGCUCCGAGUGGUCGAGCUGCAAAAAAUCCUGUCGUUUCUGAACAUCUCCUUCGCUGGACGAAAAACCGACCUGCAGAGCCGCAUCCUCUCGUUCCUGCGCACCAAUUUGGAUCUGCUAGCCCCGAAGGUCCAGGAAGUCUACGCCCAGUCCGUGCAGGAGCAAAGCGCCACGCUGCAGUACAUCGACCCAACCAGGAUGUACUCGCACAUCCAGCUGCCGCCCACAGUGCAGCCGAAUCCGGUGGGCCUCGUGGGCGGCGGUCCGGGCGUCCAGGUGCCCGGCGGCCAGAUGAACGUGGUCGGCGGCGCGCCGUUCCUGCACACGCACAGCAUCAACAGCCAGCUGCCCAUCCAUCCCGAUGUGCGGCUGAAGAAGCUAGCCUUCUACGAUGUCCUCGGCACACUGAUCAAGCCUUCGACGCUGGUGCCGCGGAACACUCAGCGCGUCCAAGAGGUGCCUUUCUAUUUCACACUCACGCCCCAACAGGCUACCGAGAUUGCCUCCAAUCGCGACAUUCGCAACAGCUCCAAGGUGGAGCACGCCAUCCAGGUGCAACUGCGCUUCUGCUUGGUGGAGACCUCGUGCGACCAGGAGGACUGCUUUCCGCCGAACGUCAACGUCAAGGUGAACAACAAGCUCUGCCAGCUGCCAAAUGUCAUUCCUACAAACCGACCAAACGUGGAGCCCCGGCGUCCGCCGCGUCCCGUCAACGUCACCUCCAAUGUGAAGCUGUCGCCGACCGUCACCAACACCAUCAUGGUGCAGUGGUGUCCGGACUACACGCGCAGCUACUGCCUGGCCGUCUACCUGGUGAAGAAGCUCACCUCCGCACAGCUCUUGCAGCGAAUGAAGACCAAGGGCGUAAAGCCGGCUGACUACACCCGCGGCCUGAUUAAGGAGAAACUGACGGAGGAUGCCGACUGUGAGAUAGCCACCACUAUGCUCAAAGUGUCGCUCAACUGCCCGCUGGGCAAGAUGAAGAUGCUGCUGCCUUGCCGAGCAUCAACCUGCUCGCACCUGCAGUGCUUCGACGCCAGUCUCUACCUGCAAAUGAACGAGCGCAAGCCCACAUGGAACUGUCCCGUCUGCGACAAGCCUGCCAUUUACGAUAACCUGGUCAUAGAUGGCUACUUCCAGGAGGUUCUGGGUUCUUCGCUGCUCAAGAGUGAUGACACCGAGAUCCAGCUUCAUCAGGAUGGAUCGUGGAGCACACCUGGACUGCGGAGUGAGGCGCAGAUCCUAGAUACACCCUCAAAGCCCGUUCAGAAGGUGGAGGUUAUAUCGGACGAUAUAGAGCUUAUCUCCGAUGAUGCCAAGCCGGUAAAGAGCGAUUUGUCCCCGGCACCGGACGAGCAGCCGACAUCCACGUCAAACAGUGAAACUAUGCAACAGGUUGAUCUAACGUUGAGCGAUUCCGACGACGACAUGCCGCUGGCCAAGCGUCGUCCACCCGCCAAGCAAGCCGUCGCUAGUUCCACGUCGAACGGCAGCGGCGGUGGCCAACGUGCCUACACCCCGGCACAGCAGCCCCAGCAAUCCGGUACGUUGGAUCCCUUUUUGCAAUAAGCCAGAAAACCAAUUAUAACUCUGUAUAGCCAAGAAACCUUUAUAAGUUUACAAAGUGCUGAUUGUAGACCUUAGGUUAAAGUAGUCAUAAGAAUCCAUACACAUCCCACAUGCAUCAACACAGACUCAAUUACGCUCCUUCAUCAAGAAUUUAGAAAUAGGGAUGGGAUAUCCUCCCAAGUUCACAUCUCUCCCCAUGAUAGUUUCGUUUCAUAUUUUCGUGUAAAUAGUAACUUGUAACUUGUCGCAAAGUCCUAAUUUAACGUAAAAGUAUUAUUGCUGGUGCAUCAUUUGUCUUAAAUAUUUAUUGACAUUUUUAUAAAUGCUGAACUUAUAUUUUUUAAAUGCAAACGAACUCUACAUUGGUUGAAACGAAACUUUUAUGGAAUUUUAAAGUAAAAAGAAUUCUUAUAUUUUGAGAGAAAACAUGUUGCUGUUUCAAUUUUAUCAUCACAGAUUAUCUCGAAUAUAUUUAGGUCCCCGUUUCCUUUAUAAUUUUAGUUCCCCAUUCGAUUUUAGUAUCGGUACCCAGUUCAAUUUUACCCCAUUUUAUAAUUGUACGGUCAUUGCGUAUAUACAAACAUAACAUUAUGUUUUUAAACUUUAGAACUGAAUAGCAGGGCACUUUCGUGUGCAGGGCAGGAGAAGAGAAAAUCCAGAGCUCAGACACAAAAUAUGUUCUUAUAUUCCAUCGAAUCCCUUAGCCAAGACUUUUAUAGAAUAAGUAGACAAAAAUAUCCUAAUCCGCUGCAGAAGAAAGAUAGGAAGAGAUUUGGAUUUUGUAUUCUCCGCUUGUGUAUUGUAGAUGGUAAUGUUUUUAAGAAAUCUGACACCACAGAAGGGCUUUAUCGGCGUGUUAAUUUGAACAUGUGGCUGCGCUCACGGUAGGUUUUUCCAUCCAUCAAAUGUGGCAUGGCUUGGGUGUCCCAGAAUCCCAUUCUUUAACCAGUACUUUCUUACAGAAAACCAAAGCCAGACAGCUCCAGGCGCCCAAACGUGGGCUAAGCAGUUUUAAGCCUUUUUUCGGUUCUACAACCACCAAUUGUUGUCCUCUCCCCAUUUGAUAUGUAUUUUGUGUUGUCACCGAUUCUAAAUUAUUCCACGAAAUGUACUCUUACUUUAAGUGAUAUUAAAAUAAAUCAUAAUAGUUCGUUA